AUGACCGAACUCGCCGCGCCCUCGUACUACACUGACCUCACCCAGGCACUAAACGACGUGCUCGCGUCAUCGCGCGCCGCCGAGUUUGCCAAGGCCGUCAACGCCCACGCACAGAGACCCGACUUUCGUCGGCAAAUAGGAGAAGAGAUUUGGCAGCUCACCUUGACUGUCUCGAUCAUUGAGAAUGAUUUCGCUGAAAUCGCGGCUGAAGUUCGUGAAAUCGACAAUCGGAAGAUCAUCAAGCGCUCAGACGGCUCGCUUCGUUUCUUCGCCCGCCAAUGGAGAGAUUUGCACGAGGAGUACACCUCCCUCAUGCUCGAUUCUCAGAACUCGGCAGGCCAGAUUAACAGCAAAAUCGGGAGCUUUUUGAAUAGCAUUAUCCCGAUUUUAAAGGAUACGAAAUUUAACGUCGAGCAGAAGAAAUCGUCCAUGCAGUUCUACAUAGAGAGCUUGAAAGACUUUUCCGUUCGCGGGGAAAAAAUACAAAUGCGCUUCAGAACGCUCUCAGAGCACGUAUCGGGCUUCAGAAGAGAGCUUACCAGGGCUACUACUACGAAUCAGUCUGCGAACCAAGAAAGAACGGCGACGCUCAUUACUCGAAUUUCUGCGCUUCAGAAGGAAUUAGAGCAAGCAUCGAGAUUCUUGAAGAAGUCCUGGAGUAUUAUCACGUCUACUGUCGACCGUGGCAGUACUCUUAUCGCAGGUGGGGGUAUUCUGGGAGGCAGUGCCCUCCGUGCCUACGGUGGAGGUGUCGCCGUUGCCGAAGCCACUGGCCUCGCCGCCCUGGCGCCUGCUGCAUCGAUUGCCCUUCUGGCCGCGGGUGUCGCCGCUCUCGGGUAUUCCAUCCACGGGGGGUAUAAGGACCAUUCCACUCAAAUGAAGGCGAAGGUCGAUAAAUUAAGCGCUCUGUCGGUGGAACUAAGCACCCUCCAAUCAGAGGGUUCAGAGUUCCAGAACACGGUCGCGGGCAUCGCGAAACUGGACCCCGUGUUCGCGAGGCUUGUCGAUCGGUUGACAGCGAUGCAGAAAAUAUGGAGACUUCUUACGACUGACGCUCAAUAUUUGCUCAAUGCACUCGACGAUGUCGAGAAAACGCGUGAUCCUCGCUUGGUGGCGGUCGCAGCUGACGACAUUGCCGUUCAUUACAAGACCUUGAAGAUUGCGUUGGACAAUUACACCUUGUAUGUUGCGGCGCCUCGGGUCAGGGUCUAA